AGUGGUGGUGGGGAGAGAUGGAUGGCGUGGACAGCUGCUGAUCAGGGCCUCUCCUAUUCCUACGACGACGCCAGGGCCACCCCUCCACCGACGCCUCCGACCUCGCGCGCGGGCAAGCUGGCGGGAGAGCCCCCGUCGCCGUUGGCGCAGCGGCCGCCAUGACCUCCACCACCACCAACACCAUCACCACCACCACCACCAACAACAACAACCCUCCUAACCAUCCGGUCUCCACCUCCACCGCUUCCCACCAACGCCAGAGCCAGCUUCCCGUCGCCGCCGCUCGGCCCGCCCACCCGACCGGCAGCAGCGGCGGCGGCGGUAGCUCCUCGCAUCGUGGCACCGGCGGCGGAGGGGGAGGCGGUGGCGGUGGCGGUGGGACGAACCAGGCGUGCGCGGCGUGCAAGUACCAGCGGCGCAAGUGCAACCCGGACUGCCCCAUGGCGCCCUACUUCCCCGCCGACCAGCAGCGCCGCUUCCUCAACGCGCACCGCCUCUUCGGCGUCAGCAACAUCCUCAAGACGCUCCGGCACCUCAAGCCGGAGCUCUGCGACGACGCCAUGCGCACGCUCAUCUACCAGGCCGAGAUGCGGGCGCACGACCCCGUCGGAGGCUGCUGUCGGGUGAUAGCCGACCUUGAGCGGCAGCUCGACGCGGAAACGGCUGAACUCAACACCGUUCUUCACCACCUCGCCCUGUGCCGUCAGGCGGCGGCGACCGGCGCAUCCGCCAGCGUCGCCGCCAUUAUGCCCGCAGGCAUGUUGGACGAUCCGUGCGCCGAUCUCGAUGUCACCUCGUCAAACCAGCCUCUCCUCCUCAGCGCCGAGCAGGAGGUUGUUGAUGCGCUCUAUGCCAAUCAAGAACCUGAUGCCACAAUUCUACAUGGCGACGAUGGCCAUCAUAAUCAGAAUGGCAGCCAACAUGAGCAGCAUCAUGGACAGCAGCAGCGGCUCUACGACUACUUCUACUAUGACUCGACCACCGGAGACGAUGUCAGUAGCAAGCCGAACCUCGACAUCAAUGUCGACGGCAUGCAGCAUUUUGAUUUCGACACCGGCUACGACGUCGAACACAAGCUGGAGCUCACGUCGGACCAAAUGCCGGUGGUGGUACAUGAGCCCAACCAGAUUCACCAUAAAGAGUUCGAGACAAAGGCGGCGCCGUCAUUCGUUGAUGCGUUGGACAUGAGGCAGGAGAUGGUGGAUGUGAACACCGAAAUUGAGGUGAAGGAGAUUGUGGACAUGAACGCCGACCUCGAUGUCAAGGAAAUGGUGGACAUGAAUGUGAAGACGACGAUGGUGGACGUGAAUGCGGACAUCGAUGUUGUGAAGACGGUGGUGGACGUGAACGACGACAUUGGUGUGAAAGAGGAGCUGCAGGAGGUGGGAAAUGGGAAGAUCGUAGAUGCAGGUAAAGCAACUCAAAUGGCCGAGUCAUCAUCGAAUUGCAGGCUAGGGUUAGGUUUUUCUUCGUUCUAAUUCUGCCAUCAUCGCCGUCCGUGUGCAUCUGAAGAACAUAUGCAUUAGGAAUUUUUCUUGAGGAUGAUACAGAAUUUUUUGAAAGUUCAGUCAAGUGAUCAAGGGAACACUUUGAUGUCAGAUUAGAUUUUGGUGCAUUUUUGCUAAUAAUAUGAUGUGGAUAUAUGGCGUUGUAAUUAUUCUGUUGCCAAAAAAUAAUGAACGUAUUUUGUUUCAGCUAUC